AAAAAAUCCAUAAAAAAAACUUUUAUUUUAAAAGUUCAACAUCCAGGAUGAGCAAAGCCGCCGGAUCAACAAGUGGCUGCUUGGAUAUUCUCAGCGUCAAAUCAAGUCGGAUUUUGGACAUCCCCUGUAAAGUGUGCGGCGACCGCAGUUCGGGGAAGCACUACGGCGUUUACGCGUGCGACGGCUGCUCGGGAUUCUUCAAGAGGAGCAUCCGUAGGAACAGGACGUACGUUUGUAAAGCGGGCUCUCAGGGUGUAUGUCCUGUGGAUAAAACGCACAGGAACCAGUGCCGAGCGUGCCGCUUGAAAAAGUGUCUGGAGGUGAACAUGAACAAAGACGCCGUUCAGCACGAGAGGGGGCCCCGGACCUCCACCAUCCGCAAACAGGUCGCCCUCUAUUUCCGAGGCCACAAAGAAGUGAACGGGUCAUCCACCCAUUUCCCAGGAUCCUCUCUGCCUGGACCUCCCUUCUUCACCGCCGUCACACAGCUGGAACCUCACAACCUGGAGCUGAGCUCAGUGGCCACGACACCCGAGAGACAAGCUAUAGUGGGUUUGGCGCAGCCCACACCAAAGUAUCCUCAUGAGGUCAGCGGCACACCAAUGUACCUCUAUGAGGUUGCGUCAGAUUCCGUGUGCGAGUCAGCAGCACGCCUCCUCUUCAUGAGCAUCAAGUGGGCAAAGAGUGUGACUGCAUUCUCCACACUUCCCUUGACUGACCAGCUGAUCCUGUUGGAGGAUGCCUGGCGAGAAUUAUUUGUUCUGGGUAUUGCACAGUGGGCCAUUCCUGUGGACUCCACUACCCUUCUUGCCGUUUCAGGAAUGAACAGUGAAAAUACUGAUCCUCAGCGGAUGAAUAAGAUCAUGUCUGAGAUACAAGCACUUCAGGAAGUGGUCACCCUGUUCACGCAGAUGCGUCUUGAUGCAACAGAGUUUGCUUGUUUGAAAUGUAUCGUGACAUUCCAGGCUGUUCUGACACAUGGCAUCGCCGAAUUGAGAAGGUUCCGCAACCCCAGUGCAAUUGCUUCCCUACAAGACGAGGCACAGCUUACGCUCAACAACUACAUCCAAGCCAGGUACCCAACUCAGCCCUAUCGCUUUGGCAAGCUGCUCCUUCUCUUGCCGGGGCUUCGCUCGGUCAGUCCGUCGACCAUAGAGGAGGUGUUUUUCAAGAAGACCAUUGGCGACGUGCCUAUCACCAGGCUUCUCUCCAACAUGUACAAGUCCAAUGAUAUAUGAAUUUCAGCCACUGGAAGGACAUUGAGGGAAAGGCCAAACAGAAAACCAACCAUUCAACUGAAACAACAGCAGAUGUAAACAUGGCUGGAUUAACUUUUUUUUUCUGAUUACAAAAUCUUCAA